GUUUCUUUCGGGACAAAGAAGGCUGCUUUUGCCUUUUCCCCAUUGCGCAACUCAUGGCGCGCCUGCUGUUCUUUCUGCUGGCGCUGGUCUGCCCUGGUGCGGCAGAAUGGGAGGACCUCUCCAUGUCCAUGUUACAAGUGGAGAAGAGCAUCGUGAAGCAGCCUUGGGAGCUGCGCAACUUCACGGGGGUCUGUUUCCACAAGACGGGGACCUUCCUGCUCAAAGAACUGGUGUUCAGAGUGAUGAAGACAAUGGGUGCGCCGUUUGCAAAGUUCGGCUAUGUGAUCGUGCCCACCUACGGCAUUUCCCUUCACUACAAUGCGCCCUUCAAAGUUAUUGACGACAUGUACACCUUGGAGGAGGCGGACAGGGACGAGCGCGAGCGCACGCCUCGAGUGGUGGGCUUCGUACGGGAUCCCGCCGUCAUGGUGGCAUCUGCCUACUGCUACCACAAAAGGGGUGAGGAGCCCAACAACGUGGAAUUCAACCCCCCCGGCAUGGCGGGCUGGCUGUUGAACGCGAGCGUCCAGGAGGGCUUGCCCUAUGUGGCGCUGCGCAUGCUCCGGGUCACCGAGGCCAUGGUCGAGACCUUCGAGAAGCCCCGCAACAGCACCAUCGUGGUCCACUACGAGGAGCUCACCGGCUCUGCUGAAGGCUUUGAUCGGGAGGUGACGCGGAUGCUGGACUGGUGGUUCGAGGGCCUCACCUCCAUCGAGACGCGGCAAACGGCCCUGGAGGCCGCCAGAGGCGCCGACCUGAAUCGACAUCCCGAAGAUAUCGACCAGCACUCCAACCCGGACAGCUGCGAGGAGGAGACCUUGCGACAGAUGGAUCGCCUGCUGCCUGCAGACCUGCUGGAGACCUACAGGCCCAUUUCGGUUCGGCGCUCCGGGCGCUCCAUGGAAGCGAAGGUGAAGUUUUUAAGGGAUUUCCAGAAGCGCAUGGGCUAUCCUGCGACCAUCUGAGGGGUCCGCGAGAAUCCGAAUUUUCGCUCCGCGAGGUCCCCCAGUAGUUGGCCCUUUUGCCC